AUGGCAUUGAAGAAUACUUAUAGAAGAAACGUUGCAAGUGAUGGGAAAUUAGAGAUGACCUUGCAAGAAUUCAAGAAGUGGCUAAAGAGAUUUGAUACAAACAAUGAUGGGAAAAUUAGUAAAGAAGAAUUACGAGAGGUUAUAAGAGCAAAUGGUGGCGGUUGGUUCAGUAGGCUAAAGGGGAGUCGUGGCAUAAAAGCUGCAGAUACUAAUGGUAAUGGAUAUAUUGAUGAGAAUGAAUUCAACAAUCUUGUUGAGUUUGCACAGAGGAAUUUAGGUGUAAGAAUUAUGUUUAACAGUAAGGAAAACAUUCUCAUUAAUUCCAUAAGAAAUGGGGUUGAAGAAUAUACUUAUAGAAGAAGUGUUGCAAGUGAUGGGAAACUUGAAAUGAGUUUGCAAGAAUUCAAGAAAGGGCUAAAGAGAUUUGCUACAAAUAAUGAUUGGAAAAUAAGCAAAGAACUUCUUCAAGAGGCUGUAAGGGCAAAUGGUGGCAGUUGGUUCAGUAGGCUAAAGGGCAGACGAGGCAUAAAAGCUGCAGAUACUAAUGGUGAUGGAUAUUGA